AUCAUCUCUUACUGUUCAAUUCUUUCUGAAAAAUUCUGUUGUUGAAGAUUUUUCAAAUUUUGGAUUGGAUAUCCAGUUCACCUCCCAAUUGAUAAGAACUCUCAGCUAUCACUUGUCACUGGAACUUUUUAGAUUUUGGAAUUUGGUAACCGCUCGUUACUGGAAGCCGAAUAUUCCUGGAUUAGUUGCCGUUUGUUAGGACACUUUCGGUGAUCCCUGGAUUAGUUUACCAAAGUAUUCGGAUUACUUGCGACUGGCAGUUUUACAUCAUUUUACAUCAGUCGUCAUAUUAAGCCAGUGAAAGUGGAUUCUUGGAUUCUUGCUGCCUUAUUACCAAAUGCUGUGUGUCCAUGGAUUAGUCACCAGUUGUUAGCAGAAGCUGUCUAUUCCUGGAUUUAUUACCACUUGUUACCAUGGUACUGUGAUAAACAUGGAAGUAAAAUGAAUCUUUGUCUAGGAGUUCCAACUAUAUACAGCUGUCACACACACACACACACACACACUCUUUCUUUCUUUCUCUUUGUUUCUUUCUCUCCCCAUUUUCCUCCAGUCAUCUUUCCUUCACAUUUCCCUCCCAAAACUAGCUGGGAGGAAACUGAAGCCUGAAGCCAUGAGGACCUUUGUAUAUGAUUGUGGGUGGGUAUUCUUUCUUCUUGUCUUUCAUUCCUGACCCCCAGAAACCAGGGUCAUCAUUAAGUCUCCAGCUCCCAUCCAUUUAUCACCUUGAUAUCCCUUUUAAUAUCAGAAUCCUCAUCUUGGUGGCUCUGAAAUAUUAUCCCAAGCAUCUUAUUGACAUCCAAGAAUCCAGUCAGUGGCUGGCCAACAACAACAACAACGACAACAACAAUGCUUGCUAAUUCCGGCACAAGGCCAGCAAUUUUAAAAGAAGUGGAAUUAGUUGCCUACAGCAACCCCAGUACUUGACUGGUGUUUUAUUUUAUCGAACCCCAAGAGUCAUGAAAUGCAAACUUGACACUGAUGUGAUUUGAACACAGAACAUUAGGAAUUAGUACAAAUAUUGUAGGGUAUUUUGUCCAAUUCUCUUAAUCAUUCUUACAAUCCACUGCUCUUUCAUAAUAAUAAUAAUAAUAUUAAUAAUAAAAAAAUAACAACUGUUUUUCACUUUGACACUGAGCUAUACAUAUUUAAAGAAGAGUAUUAUGAUUGACUAAAUGUACCCUGGUACUUAACUUAUUUCAUUAAUCUCUUGAAGGGUGAAAGAAGGAAAAGUAGGCCCUCUCCUCUUUGUAGGGUUGUCACCUAGAAUGCAAAGUGGUCAGAGCGAAUACCACAAGGAUUUUAGUCCCUAUAAUCUUUUACUUAAUUGAACUGCAUAUACUCUGCAUAGAUUCCACCCCUAUCCCACUGGCUCUACCCUCACUCUGACUUAACCGACACUUUCUGUAAGCUAUGGGUGUGAACCUACCCAUAGACGCCAACAGAACCUGACAACAGCAAAAGAAGAAUUUCAAUGAAAGCCGCAAAUGUUGUGUUUGUUGUGUUAACUUAUCAUUGUUGAUGUGGUUGUGUUGUCGACAGCAAGGGUUCUGCUGGUGGAGUGGUGCACCUCAUGCACCGACCACCACCGUUGCACUCACUGCAAAUGACCAGCUGCAAGUUUCCAGGAAUCAUGGGAUUGUACCAAUAUUUGACCGAAGUGAGAGUCUUGAAGGGAAACGGAUCGGAAGCAAUAUGAAAAUUCAACACACUAGUCUCUCUGAUGGUUCGACCCGGUUUCCCAAGCUAGAAGAGUGUGCCCACUUCCAUUAUGACUUUGUUGAACUCGGUCAACUGCAGCUGCAGUUAUGCGAAGAAGACCAGGAAAAUUACCAUCAUCGAGGGAACGAGGAAGGAGAGCUGCAGUUUAUGUUGCGGGUUAUGUCAAAGGACAAAACCUGGAACAUCCGACGCAGCUAUGACAACUUUCGCAUGCUUGAUAAACAGCUACACAAAUGCAUCUUUGACCGACGCUUCAGCCAUCUGCCAGAACUUGGCAGUCAGAGUGAUAUUUCGAAUAUCACAGAAACAGAGAUGCAAGAACUGCUGCAGAAAUAUCUGAAACGGUUCUCAUCCAUUGCUGGAAGUAUGAUCUACUGCGGCUCCAUACUCAACUGGCUCGAGAUGGACAAUCGCGGAAAUCGUCUGCUUGCUGUGGAUGAUUCUGGAAUCAACACACCUGCUAUUGCUGCUGCACACGCAAUUCGUCGUUACAAUGCACAGGCUGCAGAUGAAAUUUCACUAGAGGUUGGGGAUAUUGUAUCUGUGAUAGACAAACCACCCCCCGAGGACACCAUUUGGUGGAGGGGAAAACGUGGCUUUGAGGUUGGUUUUUUCCCCAGUGAAUGUGUUGAGGUGAUCCGGGAUAAAGUUCCACAGUCUAUGGCUUCCAGAAUACCACCACCAAUUAGGAAACCUUCAUCCGGGCCGGUGAAACGGGGCAACACAUGGAACGAAGGGGCAGCAGGCUCAAUGACAACAGCUUCAACCACAGCCACGAGCAGCUCAACUAACACAGUCCUACGCAAACACAGCAACUUCAUCAGCUUCCUACAACGUUUCUUCUUCACUCGACCAGCCCGGAACCAACUGAAACGUUCUGGCAUUGUGAAAGAGCGAGUGUUCGGCUGUGAUCUCGGCGAACAUCUACUCAACUCAGGCCAUGAUGUUCCGUUGGUUUUGAAGUGUUGUGCUGAAGUGAUUGAGAAACAAGGGAUUAUUGAUGGCAUCUAUCGCUUAUCUGGGAUUAAUUCAAACAUUCAAAAACUCAGAUUAGCAUUUGAUGAGGAUCGGAUGCCAACCCUAACCGACGAAACCUACCUACAGGACAUCCACAGCAUCAGCUCCCUUCUUAAGAUGUAUUUUCGAGAACUUCCAAAUCCCUUACUCACAUACCAACUCUAUGAUAAAUUUGCUAAAGCUGUUCAGGCAGAAGACAAACUCCAUUUGAUCCAUGAUGUUGUUCAGCAGUUACCCCCACCGCAUUACAGAACGACUGAAUACCUCAUCCGACAUCUGGCUCGAGUUGCAGCUUUUGGCACUGAGACAGGAAUGCAUUCCAAAAAUCUGGCCAUUGUCUGGGCACCGAAUCUCCUCAGAUCUAAAGAACUUGAACUUGGUGGCGGUGUAGCAGCACUCCAGGGCGUCAGCAUUCAAGCUGUAGUCACAGAAUUCCUUAUAUGUUAUGCUGACUUAAUCUUUAGUGAUAAGAUGCCCUCCUACUCGUCACCGGAACUCAGACAAUCCCAGAAGAAGCCCCGCCCAAAAUCACUUGCAAUAUCCACGCCAACCCGGUUACUCACUCUGGAGGAAGCUCGUGAACGAGUACUUUCGUCUCACAACGUUCCCAGUCAGAAAUAUAUUGAUGUUGGUGGUGGACCGGAGAAGUUACCACCGAAAUACCACACAGUUCUAGACUUGCCAGGAUACAAGAAGAAGUCUCGAGAUGCUAGCAGUAUGACUACCCUCAAUAAACCAAAGAAGUCUCCAGUCAGUGGGUGGAAGUCAUUCUUCAGCAAAUCUCGGACAAGCAGUGUCAAACAGAAAGUCCGCAAAUCUAGUCUGCAAGGUUCAUUGUAUGACACCGAUGGUGUUAGCAGUGUUUGUCCAAGCAAGGCCAUCACUGAGGAAGAUGUACACAAUUGGAAAAAGAGACGGUUACGUUGUGCCAAAAGUGCUGAGUCAUUGUUAUCAUUAUCUAGUCAUAAGAACAGUGUUAGCAGUUCAAGCAGUAACCCACGUGGCUUCACUGACCCCGGCAUGGUGGUCAACUUGUACACAGGUGAAGACCGCAAUCGUAUUUGGCAACACAAACGUUCGCUGUCCUCUGAUGCUACAACUGGACUCCGUCAUCACGACUUGCUACCUUUUUAUAGUUGUUCUCACAAAGAAGCGACAGCUUCUGCCGUUGAUUUUAGGACAUUACCCCAGCAUGAUGCCAGCAAUGAGGACUCUGGCUCUUCAUCCAGCAAUGAUUCUGAUGCUGAGAAGGAUCCAUUACAAAUACGAGAUAUUCAUGGGGCCGUGCACCAGUCUUUUAUUCGUGGAGAUUCGACACGACGGGCCGUCACUUACCGCAAGACGUCAUCAGCUCCGUCAACUCCUCAACAACAAACCAGACAGAUUAUAUCAGAGAAAAGCAAAACUCAGGAAGAACUUGGAAAUGAAAGCGACGACUCUGAUAAUAGCAUGGAUGACUUUUAUGAAGACAAUCAAGAUCUUUAUCAAAUGAAACUUGUAAAAUCGGCUGAAUUUUCUCAGCCGCUUGAUUUGGACAAUUUUCAGCUGAUGUCUAAAUCUGAUGGCUUUCUUGUUGCAUCUUCUGCAGCAGACAAUGAUACUCGCAGGAAUCUCACUGAUCAAGGCACGAACAAAAAUCUAAUAGCGCCUUCUUUUAUUCAAUGGAAAGAUGGUCCAGCUGAGACAUUACCGAAUAUUGGCCAUGGUUUGAAUCCUGGCCAACGACAGGCUUAUUACUCUCGGUUCCAUGAUUAUGCAGAAAUUGAUGAAAGUCAGAUCUCAGCACCAGAUAGUGUGGUACAAAGAACAACCAAAAAGAGUUCCUUGAAGAAAAAAGAAAAGGAACUUGAGCUUAAAGCUGGCACCAUGUCUAAGAAAGAUGAUCGUGUUGAUGAAGUGUCUACUUCUAAGCAUUCAGCUCCAGAGAGCACCACUCAACUACGAUCGGAUUUACUUUCGGCAAUAGCUAAACUCGAAGACAGCAUCUCACCAAUAAGUUACAUGCAGAAAGAUAUGUGUAAAUGCCUGAGUGUACCAUCAGAUAUUGGUAAAUCUUUAGAAAACGUCAAUUUUGGUAGCCAAUCGGAUUUGAUGUCUGGGGUUAGCAUCAGUGAACUCUCUCAAUCUGUGGACAGUAUCUCAGUUAAUGAUAGCACGGACUUCAAUUUGAGUUGUACUUUUGCUGCAAAUCCUUCUCUUUGUACAGAUUCCGCUACUGCAAUAGACCUCUGCAAACAAAUCAACAAAGCUUUCACUAAUUCAUUGAAAACCACACGAGAAUCUCCAGAAAAGGGCACCCGAAAAUCCACCUCGGACAUUCCUAAUUUAGUAGAAGGAGAGAAAGAGCCAUCAAAAAUGGUAAGAUUCAAGCAAGGCAGUAAUUCUUUAGAUGAACGUAGUUGCAUUGAAACUAAGGGCAAAGCUGACCAAACCAGCUCAAAUAAGAACACGGAUCAAGUGGGUCAUGUCGGUCAGCUGAGUUCAUCUGUCAGCGAUAACUGUGUAAGGAGGGAAAAGAAAUCUAAUGUGGAACCCACCAAACGUUACUCACACCAUAUUUUGGAACAUCCGAAACCAGAAAGUGUCAACCCCUUGUUUAUUGUUGAAAGUCCCCCUAGUCUAGAGAGCCUGAACAGCUUCACCCAAAUGUUAAGGUUCUAUGACCCUGAAGAAGUGAAACAUAUGAUGGCAGAAUCUUCUGACUACUGGUCACGGCAUACACAGGCAACUGAAAAUAAUCAGACAGCUUCUAGUCCAACUUCGAAUAUACUGCCACUUGCACACAUUGAAGAAGGUAAUCAAUUAUCGCCUCUUGAAAGCAACACAAUGAUGGGGGAAUCGAAGGAACACUCACCACUCAGCAGUCCAAGUACGAUCUGCAAAAGUCCAGUUGAAGGACGCUCUAAAGAUCUAGAUUUAUCCGACGACAAUGAUAAAGACGACAGCUUGAAGGAAAGUAACUCUUCGUUGCAGAAAACUUUUGAUGGAAAUUCCUUUGAAGAUUUUUCUAAUGAAACUUUGAAGCAGCUUGAAGACACCAUGGAAAGUGACAUCAUGGUCCGAUCUUUACCUCCAGAAUCGUCCCUCACCGAUUCUUUACUCAAACCUAAGACAUCCCAGUCCAUUCCUGGAUCGUUCAAAGAUAAAACACAAAGUGAAAUCAAUGUUAGUCGUUCUUCACGGAAACUUUCAUCAGACAUUAGCAAAGAUCAACCAGAUUCCGCAUCUGAUUCAGCUUACACAUCUGAGACACCAUCAGUGAAGAGAUGGGAAAGCAUGGAAGUGAACCCCUCUCUGGAUUCUGUUCUAGUCCUGUCUCCAAGGCCUGUUAUCACAGUACCACGUCCUGACUCAGAGUCAUCUGUUCCUAACGUUGACUCUAAUCAAAAUAGCUGUGAUCAAUUGUCUGUUAAGGACUCUAGUGAGACUCUUAUUUCAUCACCACACUCCCCUCUAAGUAUGAAGAAUAUAUAUGGAAAUAAUCGUCCUCCACAGUCUUCUGUUGCUGAUUUAGACAGUAUCAUGAAUAUGUCAAAAGAAGAGCUGGAAAAUGCUGAAAAGAUUAUAUUAGCAGGAGACAAUGUUGGUGCCGGUCACCAGAUUCCUUUAGCUAGUCCUGAAGUGUCAGGAAUAAGUGACCAAUCUGAACAAGAUCAAUCAAGUGAAGAGAAAAGCUUAAAUUCUCAAACUGAUUCACAUCGACAUGGUAAUAGCAAAGAGACUUCAAAAGGAUUUGGUGCCUUGAAAAAAUCAUCAACAAUUCCAGCGCUGGGACAGCCACAGAAAGAAGCUACGACAGACAACAAAAUGCAUGAGAGCAACAAGCCAUUAAGUCAACCAACAUCUCCUGUUAAAAGUCCUAGCCACAAAGAGGGAAUAGAAAAACUUCGUCGUUCAUUCAUUGCUGAUCGGAAGGAGUUUGUCAGUCAAAAUUCCAAAUCCCCUCCAAGUGAAAAUGAGGAAUCUGAAAUUGAUUUAGGUUCUAAAGAUACGAAUGUUUCCAGAAAAGACCCUGUGUGUAAAGGGGUCCAUAAAGAAACAGUGAAACCAGAGAAUAAGAAAGUUCCUGAAGCAAAUAAAUCAAAAGACAACAAGACUGUCAGUAAAGAAACGGCAAAAUCAGGGGACAACAAGACCUCUGGUAAAGAUACGGCAAAAUCGGGAGACAAUAAGACCGUUGGUAAAGAUACGUCGAAAUCUGGAGACAGCAAGAAUGUUGGUAAAGAUACAUCGAAAUCAGGAGAGACUAAAAUUACUGGUACGGCCAAGUCAGGAGAUAGUAAAGCUGUUGGUAAAGACACGGCCAAAGCAAAGGAUAAGAAAAUGUCUGAAGUAUCUAAAUCUGGAGAUAGUAAAAACGUUGGUAAAGAUACGACCAAGUCAGGAGAUACUAAAGCUGUCAGCAAAGAGACAACGAAGGCAGGAGACGGUAAAACUGUUGGUAAAGAGGCAACCAAGUCAAGUAAAAGAGAAACUAACCAGAAACCAUCAAGCGAUCCCAAGAAAACUGUGUCUGGUGGUCAGAAAGAGGAGAAAAGCCAUUCCACCGGAAGUAGUGAGUCACAAUCUUCUAGUAAUCGGCUCUGUCAGAUUUCACCCCCUGAAGAAGAGGUCCUUAUUCAGAUCCGUCCCACACUGAAAAGAUCCUCUUCACCAAGGAGAAGGCUGAUUGAGAAGAUGAAAAAAGGCACUGAAACUCACGAGAAGCGACCAAGCGUGACCGAAGAAACGAUUUCAGCUUCAAACGUGGCCACAGCUGCUUGUGGGAAAAGCUGCAGGCCACAACAAAACACACCACCAAAACAGAUUCCACAAUCGACUGCAGGUUCGAACCUUACAUGUGAUGAUGAUGAUGAUGAUGAUGAUGAUGAAGAUAAAGACGAUGGGACAGACUUUUCCAAAGCUCGCUCUCUCGACAGUUUGCUGUCCGAUUUAAAAACCAGACCAAAAUCAGAGAGCAAGAACCAGAGAAAUGAUGCAUUUCGGUGUAAUAUGACCUCCAGCAGCUCCGAUGUUCUUCGAGGUCAGAGCAAGAGUUCAAUGGGGACGGCGACAUCGUCUGACCUUGAAGUGAUUCAUGACCCUGAAAUGACCGACAGUGUAUUUGUAGAAAACUGCGCUGUCGAUGUGCGAGGACGUAAAGAGUCAAGAGCAGGUAAAAAAUGUGCAACAAAUAUUGCAAAAAACGUCGUUGAUGGCAGCAGUAACAGGUCGUCGUUGGAUGAAUCUGUUCUGCAGGUUGCUGCUGAAAGACAUACUGCAUUUGAGGCUGCUAAAGAUGGCUGCAGCAUACAACAAUACAACACUGCAUCUCUGAAAUACCCGAAAGCCAAGAAACUACAGAACUUAAAAGAAUUCUUUGAACACGAAGAGUUGAAGAACAGACCAAACUACAAUCGAUCUGCUAGUAGCCCUUCGAACCCAAACUCACCCACUUGUCCACGGUACCAAAGACAAUACAGAGAAAGUGGUAAAAAAAGGGAAUCCAGCCGGAAAGACUCAAUGUCCCCUUCGCGGUCUCGUGAACGGGAAGCCACAAAGUCCACCACUAAAUCCAAAACAGAUACCAACAGCCAGGGACGCAGCCCAACCCCUAGUGCCCACAGUCCGACCCCUAGUGCUCAUAGUCCUACCCCUAGCAGUCGAAGCACAACCCCAAGUGGCCGAAGCCCGACUCCGAGCGGUCGAAGCCCAACACCCAGUGGCCGCAAGCCAGCUGCUUUAGAGAAAUGGCAGCGUGCUGAAUCGCACGAACGUGAUGGCAAGCAGACGUGGGAGAUGGGCGUCGACUAUGUGCUUUGUAAAUCACCAAAAUCUAAAUCAGAAUCUUCAGGUCACUCCACUCCAAAAGGCACUGCUUAUCGCAUGCGUACUGGGAGUGAAUCUUCAGCAAGUGAUGUAGAUGUAAAGAGUCCUCCCCCGCAACGUGCUAAAGACAGGCAACGCAAAGCUGUACGCAAUGUGGAACAAAGUAAGAGUGAUACAAGCGAUUCUGAAUCGAAACAUUCUUUCUCUGAAAUGGAAUGUAUCGGGGAGGAACAAGUUCCUCGACGAAAGCGCAAAGAUAGCAUUAAGGAACUGCGAAACUAUUUUGAGGGCAAACAGGCUGCAGGAACUGAACCGAUCAACAUUGGUGGUGGGAAUAAUAACAACAUUAACUCUUCAGUUUUUACAUCGAGCUGCUCUGAACUGAGCAGCCAUAGUGUGAGUGCUGAGAAAAUAGACCCAAUGGCUUAUAUGAGUAAAUCAUUAACUUGUGAAUCAACAACGGUUGUCCCACGGAGGGCAGCAAGAUCUAGGGUCAAGAGUCUGUCUCCUGUGUGUGGACAAAGUGAUUUAAAAUCAGACGAUGAAUUAUCACAUAAAGGAAGUAGUCGUUUUAGUCUAGACUUUAGUGGUUAUACCACUCGACCACACGUCGAGGGCAUUGUUCGACCACAGCCAGUAAGGCUUGGUCCUAAACCAUUCUAUGGGGCCAAAACCUGACUGCUCUUAGCUUGCUAACUGUGAUAUCUCACUGCAUUUCCAUGUUGCAUUUGCUAUUUGCCGACAUCAACAUAAAUAGGAGACCAUGCAAAGAACUGAGCUGAGAGGAAUUGCAAAAUGUCAUUCUUUUGCAGUUGAGUUAACAUAUACACACAUACAUCAUAUAUACAUGUGUGUACAUAUAUAUAUAUAUGUGUGUGUAUAUGUAUGUGUGUGCAAAUAUUUGUAUAUAAACACAGACUCACAUACAUAUGCGUAUAUAUAUGUAAUAUAUAUGAUUGAUUUUUACAAGACUCUAACCCCUUUAUUUCAGGUGUUAAGUAAACCUAACAACACUGAUGUUUAUUUCUUAAAUUGUUGUUUAUUGAAGAAAUCAGUUUUAUUAUUGAACUCUCGACGAUUCCAAAUUGGAGUCGAUCCAUUUUUACCAUUGUUAAGUCAACCAAAUUGUAUGUUGUUGUAAACUUGAUGCGAAGCAUUGGUUCAGGCCAUUGCAAGUGUUGAUAAACUGGUAACAGCCAACCUGAAUAGAUGAUCAUUCUCACCUUUCAGCAAAUCUUAAUCUCUCUCAUAUGACCAUUUCUGUUAAGACUUUUUUUCCCCUCCACAUUCUUCAAUAGCAUUCCCAGCCAUCGAGUAUUGGCUGUACACUGCUCAUAACCCAGUACAGAGUCGCUAUUACAGCUAAAACUGACUGUCUCUAACUUAACUUUUAGCACAACUCCAGGAAUAGAAGCACUUUCUUUUAAUUUAUUAUCAUGAUUAUUAUUUUUAUUAUUAUUAUUAUUAUUAUUAUUAACUUCAUCUUUCUCUCUCUGUAUGAAGAGGUUCGCAAUUUAAAGUGGUUAUCUAAAUAGUUCUUGAUAGUUUACCAUAUAUGGGUAGACAAGAGAGACCAGUUGAACUAUGGCGUCACCUCGGUGAGAUUAUGGCACGUUUUAGCGAAGAUUCUUCCAGAAUUAUAUUGAGCAAAUGAUAUAAAAGUCCCACCCCGUCCCUGAGACCAUGCAAUACCCUGACUGCCCAUUUAUGUUGCAUCAUUCAUAACAGUGAAAUGUCUUCCAGAAAUGUCAUGUGUUGCCAUUUGUCCUUUACUGACCUCUGGUCAGUUUACACACACUUUGUCCAAUUGUUAUUGUUUAAACAACCAUUGGUCAACUUGCAAACACUAUUCUACCCUUUUCCUGUUAUAAUGUUGUUUAAUGCCCAUUGGCCACUAUUGGUCGGCGAGCGUUGUUGUGUCCUAAUCACCAUUGGUCAGUCAUGUGGAGAAAACCAUUUGCAGCAAUAAACUAUUUAUUUCUCGCUAAAUCAUCUCUACCUCCAUCCUUCAAUACUUCACACUUGUUGAAAACACUUCGGUUCCACAUCUUCAAAUUUAAUUUUUUGAAAAAAUUUGUUUUUUAAACAUGCUUAAAUAGAUGUAACAUGUGUAUGAGUACGUGUAUGCGUGUGUGUGUGUGUAUGUGAGACCACGGUGUAAAUUCAAGAACUUCAGUCACUAAAAAAAAAAAAAAAUCAAAAACGAUUUUAGAAUCUGUCUUGACAGAAAGUGUUUAAUAUUUAAUCCAGUGGCGAUAUUCUGAAUUACUAUUGCACUAACGAGAAAGAUUCUUCUUAAACUGAAUCAUGAAAUGAAUAAAACUUCCAUCUAAAUUUAAUUAACCCUUCAUUUCAGUCUAAUUAAUAUUUCAUCCAGGCUUGGAGAUUUAAUCUCUUAAUGAAUUGUUUGUUUAUUGUUCAAGGUGGACAUUAGUUUAUUCCAUCUUGUAAAAGAUACUAAGACCAAAUAGUUCCCUACAAUUGGCUGCUGUCUUACUACAUGUUACCAUGUGGUAGGAACAUACCAGAUGCAACAUGGGGAGGUUAUUGUUAUCAAUAUAUUCACUCAACAUUCAUCAUGAAUUAAUCUCAUUGUUGGUCAUUGCUUGUCUUCUGCUCCACAUGAUUGAUAAAACUGUUUCACGUACGACACAGCAUCUUACAUCUCUUGACCAAUGGCUAGCUGGCAUUGUAGUAACUUUGGUCAUCAUUCAGGAAUUUACCGUUUUACACAGUGCUAUAACUUUUAAUGAACCAAAUAAAAUAUAACUGAAAGAGAAGACCCAAACCACAGAAACUUAACCUAACCUAUAUUCCUAGAGAAGGUUAAUAUUU